AUGGUUUUAAUAAUACUUUACAAUGUUAGCUUAUAGUUUUAGUUUUUAGUUCUUUAAAUUGUUGUUUUUAUUUUACACUUGAUAUAUUUAUUCUAUUUGAUUUUGUCCAUUUUCAACUAGAAAAUAAAAUCAAGUGUCACCAUUUUUGGUAAAAUAUUUAGAUUCUUUUAUAAGCUCAUCCAAUCUAAAGAACGUUUUGAUAAUUUUAUCAAAAAAAAUCAAACUAGUUUUGAAGUUUAUAAGAGAUGGCGAUUUUUAAGAAAUAAUAGAAAAUCUGCAUUAUUUCAAAAAAAUGUCACCACUAUACUUUCAGUUUAGAAUUCAAAAGUUAGCCAACAAAAUUUAAAAAGGAGAAUUUCUUAGUUUAUAAGUUAAAAUUAAGUUUUAAUUUAAUCUUCUUUUUCUAACUCUUUAAAUAAAAUGAAUUCUUCUUUUCUUGAAACAAAUUCUAUCUAGACUCCAAAUAAAAGGCUGGUAACAAAAUCUAAUUUUGGAGGUGAAAAAAAGUAGUUAUCAUUUCAAACAGAUGUUAAUGAAAAAUCUAACUUUAGAGGAUAAAAUACAAUUUUAUCCUAAUUGAAUUAAUUAGAUAUAAAAAAAAAUAAAAGCAUUAUUACUAUACCAAAUGAUACUAGUCCUAUGUAAAAUAAGAAAAUUGAAUAAAAUGAUUAAUAUGAGCUUUCUUUUUGUGGCUAAGUUAAAUUUGUUUAAAUUAAGACUUUAUAUUGA